UGCAAUUUGCCUAUCAAUUCUUUGUAUCUUCCCCUCCGUUAACUAAUCCUAUUCACUUCCUCUCUUCCUUCCUUGUUCCUUCUAACCUAUCCUUCUCAUAGUGUGUCCAUUCUGUCAAAGCCUUUGGGCUUUUUCGUACAACUAGGUAGUGAAAGCAACAAUAUACGAAUUUUUGAUGGAAAAUACUAAUAAUUUCCACCAAAAACACCAAUAUUGGGAGAAAGAAAUACAACCAAAACUUAAAAAGUCAUCAACUCAAUAAUCACGCUGUGCUUUCACCUAUUUAUGGCUUAAAAUCUCCUGUUAAACUAGUUAGAAAGAAAAGCCAAGACAAGAAAGAAAGAAAGAAAAAGGUAGAGAAGGAGAGAGAGAGAGAGAGAGAAAGAAAACUGAAAAAAAAAAAAAAAGAUAAGACUAAUUAACAACAUUUUUGGUUUGGUUUUUCUUCAUCUCGCAGGAGACACGAAGAGACAAGUUACAUCACAUGCUUUGCAGAGAUGUCAGGUGGUGGAUGCAGCAGCAUAGUGUGGUUCAGAAGAGAUCUGAGGAUAGAAGACAAUCCAGCACUGACAGCAGGAGUGAGAGCUGGUGCUGUUGUUGCAGUUUUCAUAUGGGCACCUGAAGAAGAAGGACAAUACUACCCUGGCAGGGUCUCUAGAUGGUGGCUCAAGAACAGUUUGGCUCACCUUGAUUCCUCUCUCAGGAAUCUUGGCACUCCUCUCAUCACUAAGCGAUCCACUGAUACUCUUUCUUCUCUAUUUGAGGUUGUUAAGUCCACUGGAGCCACUCAACUCUUUUUUAAUCAUUUAUAUGAUCCUCUGUCACUUGUCAGGGAUCACCGAGCAAAGGAGGUUCUGACUGCUCAGGGCAUAACAGUACGUUCCUUCAACGCGGACUUAUUAUAUGAACCAUGGGAUGUGAAUGAUGCACAUGGCCGACCAUUCACAACUUUUGCUGCUUUUUGGGAAAGAUGUCUUAGCAUGCCUUAUGACCCUGAGUCACCUCUUCUCCCACCUAAAAGGAUAAUUCCAGGUGAUGCAUCGAGGUGCCCUAGUGAUACAUUGCUGUUUGAAGAUGAAUUAGAGAAGGCAAGCAAUGCACUUCUUGCUCGAGCGUGGUCACCCGGGUGGAGCAAUGCUAACAAGGCAUUGACAACAUUCAUAAAUGGUCCACUGAUUGAGUACUCAAAAAACCGCAGGAAAGCAGACAGUGCCACUACCUCACUUCUCUCACCCCAUUUGCACUUUGGUGAGUUGAGUGUCAAGAAGGUCUUCCAUCUAGUCCGCAUCAAACAAGUUUUGUGGGCCAACGAAGGAAACAAAGCUGGUGAAGAGAGCGUGAACUUGUUCCUCAAAUCUAUAGGUCUUAGAGAAUAUUCAAGGUACAUUAGUUUCAACCAUCCCUACAGUCAUGAAAGGCCUCUUCUAGGCCACCUUAAGUUCUUUCCUUGGGUUGUAAAUGAAGGAUAUUUUAAGGCAUGGAGACAAGGAAGAACUGGGUACCCUUUGGUGGAUGCUGGGAUGAGGGAGUUGUGGGCCACUGGUUGGCUGCAUGAUCGAAUACGUGUUGUAGUUUCUAGUUUCUUUGUGAAGGUUCUGCAGCUUCCUUGGAGAUGGGGAAUGAAGUAUUUCUGGGAUACCCUUUUGGAUGCCGAUCUUGAGAGUGAUGCUCUUGGUUGGCAGUACAUAUCUGGUAGUCUCCCUGAUGGUCGUGAAAUUGACCGAAUAGAUAAUCCACAGUUUGAGGGCUACAAAUUCGACCCAAAUGGAGAAUACGUGCGACGCUGGCUUCCAGAACUUUCAAGAUUACCCACUGAGUGGAUACAUCAUCCUUGGAAUGCACCAGAGUCAGUGCUACAAGCUGCUGGAAUUGAGCUAGGAUCGAACUAUCCUCUUCCAAUUGUGGGAAUAGAUGCAGCAAAAAACAGAUUACUAGAAGCACUAUCAAAAAUGUGGCAACAAGAGGCAGCUUCAAGAGCUGCAAUGGAAAAUGGAACGGAGGAAGGACUUGGAGACUCUUCUGAAUCAGUUCCUGCUGCUUUUCCUCAAGACACGCGAAUGGAGGAAACUCAUGAACCUGUUAGGAACAAUCCCCUUCCCAUUGCUCGGCGCUACCAAGAUCAGAUGGUUCCAAGCAUCACUUCUUCCUUGUUGAGAGUGGAAGAGGAAGAAACGUCUUCUGAUCUUCGAAACUCAGCAGAAGAGAGCAGCAGAGCUGAAGUGCCAGUAACUGCAAAUGCACAACAAAAUGCAGGAGUUGCAUUGAACGAACGGAUGUUGCAGACCACUAAUAGGAAUACACAAACCCAAUACAAUACUACGAUGGACCUGAGAAAUGUAGCUGAUGAUUCUGCAGUAGAAUCUUCAAGUGGUACCAGGAGAGAAAGGGAUGGAGGUUUAGUUCCAGUAUGGUCUCCACCAGCUUCCAGUUACUCAGAACAAUUUGUAGGAGAUGAAAAUGGUAUAACAAGCAGUUCAUCUUACUUGCAAAGGCAUCCUCAAUCUCACCAAAUGCUGAAUUGGAAGCAGCUACCUCAAACUGGGUAAUUCAUAUAUAAAGCAAUUAGACUAGAUGGAGGGAGGUGGAAGUUACGAUACCACUCUUCUGUUGAGACUUGAGAGAAAGUGGGGUGUUGAAGCCACAUUGGACACACAUGUUUUAAUUUCCUACUCUUUUAUCAGUAGCUGACCUCCAAUGUGUAUGGAAAUUUCAAUUCAUACGGAAGUUCAUCUGCAGUCCCUAUUGCUUUCUUGUACAAUAUUUGCAACUUGCUGUAUAGUAUAGUUUGUGUAGUGAGGGAGAAAGAGCCACCAUAGGAUCUUUGGUCUGCUAAUAAACUCAGAUUUGUGCUUUCACUUAAGGCGGAUAUAUUAAUUAUGAUCCGAGCUUUAUUUACAUUUCCUGUGCUCUACAUCUCUGUUGAUCACUGUAAAAUGCACCUCAUCUUGUUGCUCUCAUUUCUGAAACUCCUGCAGCAUAUUGAUCUACACUGCUAAAAGACCUCAUCUUGUUGAUUUU